AGGUCUCACUAUGUUGCCCAGGCCAGUCUCAAACUCAUGAGCUCAAGCGAUCCUCCCACCUCAGCCUUCCAAAGGGCUGAGAUUACAGGUGUGAGCCCCUGAGCCUGGUCUGCACUGCUGUUUACUUACUGUUUUUCUUUAACUAGAUUUAUUUUUAAACAAGGCUUUGUCCAAGGACAUUUGGCUCGCAGGCACAGAGCUGAUUAACUGGUUGUGUAUCUUUUGAUAAUAAGGCGGUGAUAAUUAAGAAAAAUGUGUAGCCGAUGAAAUAACAUGUUCUGGGCCCCACCACUGGACCUGGGAGGUGCAGCGCGUCCCAGCAGAGGCCGCCUCCUGCCCUCCACGCCUGCUGUUCUCACAGGCAGGGGCUCUGCUGCUUACAGCAGUGCAGCCGUCUCGGCUUCUUUCCACAUCGUCUGUCGCGCGCUGGUCCCCACCAUGCCUCUCGUCACCCCAUGCCUCUGUCCCUGUGCAGCCUGAGGAGCUCCAGCUUUCCCUGCCAACGGUGCUCUGGGAGUGGGGACGUGAUGCCGGGCGAGCAUGAUGCAAUGGAGCACCCCAGACCCUUCCCUCCUGUAGGGGGAGGGGUGCGGCACGCAGAGGGGCAGAGGGCAGGGACACUGGCCCCGUGGGGGAAGAAGCUGCUGUCACAGCCAUUUCUGUCCCCUGUGGGACCCCACCCUAGAGCCCCCAUCCUUCGGCUCCUGCCUGUGGCCGCUCAGCUCUCAGGUGGCCACUUGCACAUCCCCUGCUCCUUCCGUCACACCUGCCCUGCCCAGCGGCCUUUCUGGUCCCAGCUGCUGAAACCGGUGAGCUGCUCCAGGGUAAGGCUGCUUUCUGGCUCCUGGUGUAUUUGGACACAGAUAGGCCCUUCGUGUCCAGAGGCGCCCCACGCAGCCCUCAUGGUCAGCAGGACACCCAGGAUAGACCCCUCCAUGCAGCACCUGGGCCUUGGGAGCGACUGCCCAGUUCUUGGUGAAAAGUGUCUGUGCGUAUGGGGAGCACCCACUUUUAGGAUGCCACCUGUUCCUGGGCACCUUGUUUUUAGCUUCCGCCCUGAAGUUGAGAGGGGUAGCGCGGUGGUGAGGGCGUGUGGGCACGGCUCACGGUCUCCUCUCUCUGGCAGGUACAUGUCCCAGAGCAAGCAUGCGGAGGCCCGGGAGCUCAUGUACUCAGGAGCCCUGCUCUUCUUCAGCCAUGGCCAGCAAAACAGCGCAGCAGACUUGUCCAUGCUGGUCCUGGAGUCCCUGGAGAAGGCGGAAGUGGAGGUGGCUGACGAGCUGCUGGAAAAUCUGGCUAAAGUGUUCAGCCUGAUGGACCCCAACUCUCCUGAGCGCGUGGCCUUUGUGUCCAGAGCCCUGAAGUGGUCCAGCGGGGGCUCCGGGAAGCUGGGCCACCCUCGGUUGCACCAGCUGCUGGCCCUCACCCUGUGGAAAGAGCAAAACUAUUGUGAGUCGCGGUAUCAUUUUCUGCACUCAGCGGACGGGGAGGGCUGUGCCAACAUGCUGGUGGAGUAUUCCACGUCCCGUGGCUUCCGCAGCGAGGUGGACAUGUUCGUGGCCCAGGCUGUGCUACAGUUUCUCUGUUUAAAAAACAAAAGUAGCGCGUCGGUGGUCUUUACGACGUACACCCAGAAGCACCCGUCCAUCGAGGACGGGCCUCCGUUUGUGGAGCCGCUGCUCAACUUCAUCUGGUUCCUGCUGCUGGCUGUGGACGGUGGGAAGCUGACGGUGUUCACUGUGCUGUGUGAGCAGUACCAGCCAUCCCUCCGGCGGGACCCGAUGUACAACGAGUACCUCGACCGCAUAGGACAGCUGUUCUUUGGCGUCCCGCCCAAGCAGACGUCUUCCUACGGGGGCCUGCUCGGGAACCUUCUGAGCAGCCUCAUGGGCUCCUCAGAGCAGGAGGAGGGGGAGGAGAGCCCCAGCGAUGGCAGCCCCAUCGAGCUGGACUGAACUGGCCGGGCCACGUGGAGACACCACGGUCAACGACGGCUCGAGGGACGUUUCAGAGGCGAGUCCUGGGUGGCUCCUCGCCUGGGGGCUCCUGGCCCUGAGGCUGGCGGUGGCCACAUGCCGGCACGUGUCUGUUUCUGUGCGGCGGCUCAGGGUGGCGCGGCUGCAGGUCGCUGUGCUGCUGGGACCCAAGAGUGGGGCGUCGCCCCUGCUGGCCGCCGUGUCCCCCAAGAUUGACCCACAAUAAAGCACAGGCCUUACUGCGGCGUCACCCUCUCCCACUCCUUUGUUCUGGGUCCUUUUGGGAGGGCUGAUGGGCGGUACAGGAGGCCCGUCCUCAGGGGGGCUGGGCACAUCACGCUCCUUGCCAGGCGUCCAGCACAGUUGCGGUCACCAAAGCAGGUGCUGGCCCUUGGACCUGAGAGCCCAGCCAGGGCCCACGUGGUCUGCAAAUGGGAGCGGCUGUUUUUGAACACGGGGUCACUCUGCAGUCACGACGAACUGGUCCCCGUCGCAGACGGAGCGCAUGUGCCACAUCCUCAUGCUCGGUGGAGGGACGCGUGCGGCAGGAUGGUGCCCACGGGUACUUGCAGCUGUGUCCCAUGUGGCAUCCCAGAGCUGCACCCUGCUGGUCUCUGUGAGCGCCACGCUGCUGUGCUGGAAAUGCCGCUUUAAAAAGGGAUACCGUGGGACUCUGCCUGUCUCUUUCAUAACGCAAUAUUUAUUUGUAUUGGGUGAUUGAUUCUUUUGACCUAACAUUUCAGGUUUUAACCAAAUAACCGGUCCAGGAGUGAGCAGCUCCGUUCUGUCACAGAUGCUACUCCAGAUGUUACCAGAACAAUGACAAAAGGGGAUACGCUCUAUUUUUUCACAGUUAAAUGACAGUUGUAGAUUGAUAUGCAGUUGUGCAUGGGGAGGGGAAACGCACAGCUUUAUUUACUGUAAAGUGGAAUUUAAGGAAGGCUUGUGUGAACCGUUGCGCAUAAAUAAACCCUUUCUACCGGGC